CUUGGUCAUCCUUGGAGAUUUUUCACCAUUUUGCAAAGAGUCUCUGCAAGACUUGGCUAGAGGCCAGCCUAGUUAAAUUAGUCCAGUGACAGCCCAGCAGCGUUACCUCAUCAAUCCUUGCCCAUGGAGGUUGCCAUGUCCGCAGUUGCAGGCGAACUUGUCAGCCGGUUCAUCUCCUUGCUGAUGAGCAAGUACCACUCCUCCAUCCAUGCACAAUCGAAGGAGCAGAAUCUGGCGAAGCGGUUGCGGCAUCUCCUGAUGCGCGUUGGCACCGUCGUCGAGGAGGCGGACGGGCGGUACAUAACCAACUCCGGGAUGUUGGCCCAGCUCAAGAUGCUCUCCGAGGCCAUGUAUGGAGGGUACCGUGUGCUGGACACCUUGAUGUACCGCGCCCUCCGAAACAGCGCGGGCUUCGACGAGGUUAGCAGCAACGACUCAUUCAACAGCCACUUGUAUUUAAUCAAGCGUUCUCGGAGGAUGGCCGACGGGGCCGGGUGCCUCGAGUCGGACGGUGCCUUGGAAAGCUUAGAAGCUGCUGCUGCUAACAUGACAGAAUUUGUUAUGCUUUUGGGUGGUUGCGAGCGCAUGUCGCGUAGGCCUUAUGACACUUACCUUUACACUGACAACUUCAUGUUCAGCCGGCAUGCUGAGAAGCAAAAGCUCUUGAGCUUCUUGUUGCAGCACAACGACCCUCCUGGUGGUGGUCAGGCAACGGCCGUUCUUCCGAUCAUAGGGGGCGCCAAAGUCGGGAAAAAAACUUUGGUUGCUCAUGCGUGUGGCGAUGAAAGAGUUCGCGCACGCUUUUCUUCUGUUUUGCACUUGAAUGGUGACAGCCUUUUGAGGCAUGGACGGACCAAGUUUGGGGUGAAGAUGUUGGUAGUUAUUGAGUUUGCUUCUGAUGUAGGUGAUGAUGACUGGAAAAGGUUUCACUCAUUGGUCACAAGAAUGGGCAGAGGAAGCAAGAUCAUCAUUGUAAGUAGACUUCAAAGAUUAGCCCGAUUUGGAUCGGUGAAACCGAUUUUCCUAAGUGCUAUGUCUUACGACGAGUUGAGAUACCUUUUCAAAACACUAUCCUUCGGGAGCGAGGACCCCGCAGAACAUCCACAGCUAGUACAAAUAGCAGAUGAAUUUGCCAAGAAUUUCCACGGUACAGAAGGUUCACUUGUCGCCACAAAUGCUUAUGCAGAUGUGUUGAGAAGGAAUCUGGAUGUUAAGUUUUGGCGUCGCAUAUUGGACAAGGGGAUGAGAAUGGUUAAAAGAAACCUUGCCAUUUACGGCAUGCACCCGAACACGCUUAUCUACCAUGGUCACCCAGUGGACAUAACGGACUUUGCUCUGCAUCCACUUAGAAUGACACCUUAUAGUGUUAGGUUUCCUGUCAGGGAGAAAUGGCCAAGUGUGACAUUUGGGGAUCUUAUAACAAAUCCUGGUAUUAGACCCAAAGGAGACUUCACUCUAGUUACAUGGGAAUCAAGGAUACCACCUCAUAGAUCAUUUCCUAAUUUUGUUACAAGUUGUGCUCAGGAUACACAUGAAGGUAGCCCCCUGUCAGGGAGGAAGCGACAAGGAGUGGCAAUCUAAUUUUUUGUGUGUAAUGUAACUCUUGUACUGUUAGAUACAUGACAAAUGGAUGUGUUAUAGACCAUUCAACUAAGUGUGUUAGAGAUCUCAAUGUUGUAUGCUGUACCAUCCAACAAUGGGCGGCCGCUCUUGGCCCCUGGCCCGUCAUGUGCAGGCAUAGUGUAUAUAAAGGGCAGCCCGGUGCAUGUAGCUCCCGCUUGCGCAGGGUCAUCAUUGCAAAUUUGCGAUCGUUUGUGUCCUCCCAAACUAGCAAAAAUGAGCAGUCCUCCAGGGAUCGAAAAGCACAGAGGCCAUCUUGCCAGGGAGGAAGGAAGGAAGGGAGCACAAAAAUGCAUUGACGGGGAGUGCCAACCUAAUUUUGUUUCAUAACUCACGGAAUGUAUCUCAUGUUGUAUUUUUUUAAUAGAUGUCAAAUGUAUGUAUUCACAUGGUCAUGGACAAACUGUUCUGAGUGAUUAUAUAUCGUUCAACUAAAUGUAUUGGAAAUCUCAACUAAAAAUAGAACUGUAUUUUCUAUUAGAUCCAAAGAUCCUCCUGCGCUUAGAUAACAAAACAACAUCAUCUCAGACCAUUUUGCGAUUCCUGAUCCAUAUAGGAAGGUUAGAAAAGUUCAACUUAAACAAGAAAAAGAAAUAUGUGUUCAAGCAUUGUCUACUUAAGGACUCUGAACCUUCUGAACAUUCAGAACACAAACUAAAUUUGAAGCUGGCCAAAACAGGAGAAAAGCAUCAUUCAAUUUGCCGCCUUCACUCAAGAUUCAUCGAUGGUUCAGGAGUCACCAAGUGAAUCCAACGAUAUAAUUCUACACGUCAUUUGCCAUUUCAUUGUUGUUUUUAGUUAGCCUUUUAAGAUUCAAAUCUCAACUGAACUAACUGCCAAGUGCCCAACUAUUGUGAGAGUAUACAGCCCCAGCUUGGGUGGAUGAAAUGCAAGAUAUUUACGUUCUUACACUAGAAGUAGUCAAACUUCCCUUGUAUCCUCAUCCCAGAUCCACCAUGUCGCUACGGCAACAUGCAUUUAGCAGCAUGUACAUGUAGCUUCUGAGGUAUAUUUUUAUUAUGAUUGCUCAACAGCUUAGCAGAUAUUGUCAUAUGUAGUCAAUAUUGUGCUCAGAAAAUAGAUAACCUAACACACUACCACUAAGGAACGCAAGAUGAUAAAUGUUGGCCUUAAAUUGUUUGUACGGAUAUCUGAUAAGCAAAGGUGGUUGAAAAGACUAAAAACAUGAAUGGAUGCAGACAAAAUGAAUCAGAAAAUAAAUUAACAUGCUAAUCUUAGCUGAACUAACUGCCAAGUGCCUUUUUGGCAGAGAGUUCAUUUUGGGCCACUCAGUCCUCCUUGAGGCCUUCCUGUUUGAUUUUGGGCCACAAUGGUCAAGCAUUUAUUUUUCGUAAAUUUUAACCGCCUCAUGUUUUGCUAAUUGUUCUGAUCGUACUCAGUACGGAGCAAAUAUACAGGGGGUACCAAACAGUUUCUUGUAGGAAGAGUAAUUUUAGUUUAUUAAUAACAAAACCAAUGCAAGUUUCCCUUUCCUUUUUUACCAUUGUGGAGAUCCACGUCAGGUCAAGCCUGGACUCUAAUAAUGCACACAUGAGACAAUUUUGAGUGGGGUCUGACGGAACAAAAUGAGCAAAUCUAGAAACAAACUAGUUACAUGUGCUCA